AGUCCCACUUCCGCCCGGGUCACGUGCGCGCGGCUGUGUUCCCUGCUUUCCAGUCCGGCGGGGCCCCAGCCCCCGCACUUUCCGUUCUGUCCGCAGGCCGUCCGCUCCGGCUCCGGCAGCCACUUCCGCCCGUGCUCUGACCCGCUGCGGGGCCGAGCCCUCCCGGUACGGUCUCUCCCUCCCGCUGACCAUGCCCGCGGGCGUGCCCUGGCCCACCUACCUGAAGAUGUUCACCGCCAGCCUCCUGGCCAUGUUCGCGGGGUCCCAAGUGGUGCACAGGUACUACCUGCCGGACCUGACAAUACCUGAAAUCCCACCAAAGCCUGGAGAACUCAAAACGGAGCUUUUGGGACUGAAAGAGAGACAACACAAACCUCAAACUUCUCAGCAGUAGAAACCUCAAAAUACAACGCUGCCAAGAACUCUGUGAAUAAUAAGUCUUAAAUAUAUAUUUUUUAAAAUUUAUUGAGUCAAACUACUUGCACUUAAGCACCUGAUACAAUGCUGACUACAUGAGGAGGCGCACAGAAGGUAUUAACUGAUGCAUUGAGAUUUAUUUAUGGUUUGACCAGUGUUUCUUGAAAACUGCCAAAGCGUUCUUAAAUGUGGUUUGAUAGCCAUUUAGCUGUGGAUAUCACAUGAGAUAGAGUAUUUGCAAUGACUCCUGCUCUUGUAAUUCUUUUUUUUUUAUAUAUGCACUCCCAUGUUUAUUGCAGUAUUAGCCAAGGUACAAAAACAACCCCAAAUCCCCAUCAGCAGAUGAAUGGAUAAGGAAGGUGUUGUACAUAUAUAUUCAGCCAAACACUCAGCCACGAGAAAGGAGAAUGUCCUGCCAUUUGCAGCAACAGGGAUGGACCUUGAGCACAUUAUGUAAAUGUCAUGAGUCAAACAGAAAGACAAGUAUUGUUAUGAUAUCACUUACGUAUGGAAUCUAAACAAGUCAUACCUAUUAAAAAAACACACCACCUAA